AUGAAACUCGCAUUUGCUCUUUUAUUCAUCGCAUUUCCUGCUUACAUUUACGCCUUCUUUGGCACAGGUGGUGGAUUGGUCUUGUACACAUCGGAUCAACAAACUCGCUCGGGUGUUCUUAGCUCGGAUCAUCGAUGCACUAAUUUCCCUUCUCAAUUCAAAGCCGCACAUGUCAAAAACAAUGGAGGCACUCACUGUGCCAUGUGGACUGACGCUAACUGUCAAGGCACUCUUUACGUUGUACCGGCUCACUAUACAAUGCGCAUGCCAAGAGAAGAAUUCAAAUCAGUCAUUUGUUGA